GGGGCGGCGCCAGACCUAGGACCUCUGCAGUGCGCGUAGCUACUGGGCAGGAGUCGGGGUCGUCCCGCCACCUCCCACAUUCCGGGUCCUGAGACCAGAACCUCGAGCGCCAGGCUGCUGGCUAUUCCGAUGGCAGGAUGGUGAGCAAGAAUUUGAGAGACAUGAAACUUGAAGAAAGUGACAAUAGCAGUACAGUUUUAAAGUGGCUGAAGGCUUGCAUGUUGCAGAAGUAGACCUUGUUUUGUGUUUUCCUGGAGAGUGUUAUCCAGACCAAGCCAAGGCACUGAUGUUUGAACUGGAAACUUUAAAACUUUUAAAAGAACCUUCAGGAUGGCUUUGAACUAGACAACCUAGAAAUCCCUUCAGAACAUCGCCUCCAGCAUGCACCUUCCCUUUGGGUUUUCUUGAAUAGGAGCUUGAAGAGGUUAUUCUGUAGACAGACAUAUUGACGCUCAUGGAACCAGACUAGUGGCUUUGAUUUUUCUGGUAGAAUUAUCUUACUUUAUUAUAUUCCCUCUCAGAGUUCUAAGAGGUGUAGAGAUAUUCAUGGAACUGAAGAGCCUGCAAGGAAGGGAAGUAUCACUUUCAUGCUGAAACCUAAGCAAGUGGCAGUUGUGGUUGAAAGCACUUAAACCUACCACGUUCAGAUUCACUUGAUUGGGGAGACAGAGGAACGGUCACAGCUGGGGAGAAAGAAGUGAGACUGGAAAAGAAAACCCAACGGAAGAGAAUGAGGGUGACUGGAAAGUAAAUGGCCACCUCCACCUCCACAGAGACAAAGCCAGCCUCUUGGUGGAAUUAUUUUUUCCUUUAUGAUGGCUCCAAGGUAAAGGAAGAAGGAGAUCCAACAAGAGCUGGCAUUUGUUAUUUUUACCCCUCUCAGACCCUGCUUGACCAACAGGAGUUGCUCUGUGGACAGAUUGCUGGAGUUGUCUGCUGUGUUUCUGACAUUUCUGGCUCUCCUCCCACUCUCAUUCGUCUGAGGAAACUGAAGUUUGCUGUAAAGGUUGAUGGAGAUUACCUUUGGGUGCUGGGCUGUGCUGUGGAGCUCCCUGAUGUCAGUUGCAAGCGGUUUCUGGAUCAGCUAAUUGGAUUCUUUAAUUUUUACAAUGGACCUGUUUCUCUGGCUUAUAAGAACUGUUCUCAGGAAGAACUGAGCAGGGAAUGGGACACCUUCAUCAAACAAAUUCUGGAAAACACCAGUGACCUGCAUAAGAUAUUCAAUUCCCUCUGGAACUUGGACCGAACAAAAGUGGAGCCCCUCUUGUUGCUGAAGGCAGCCCUCAUUCUGCAGACCUGCCAGCGCUCGCCUCACAUUCUCGCUGGUUGCAUCCUCUAUAAAGGACUGAUUGUCAGCACCCAGCUGCCACCCUCCCUCACCGCCAAGGUCCUGCUUCACCGCACUGCACAUGAGGACCAGAGGCUGCCCACAGGAGAGGAUGCCCCGCAGGAAUGUGGAGGAGCAUUUCUCCCAAAUGUCCAGGUCAUCCCUGUUUUCCUGACCAAAGAGGAAGCCGUCAGCCUCCGUGAGUUCCCAGCAGAGGGGAUGACUAGCUCUCCUGCAUCUCCAGCCAGACUCCAAGACAGCUCAGCCCAGUGCCCUUCAAAGGGUAGGAGCACAUUUACCCUAGAAGGAAACGCUGCCGGGCGUGUGGAAUCCAUGGCCUGGGUGUUGGCGACUACCUCGAAACCCACGUCCCCUGACCAAGCUUGGCCAGAUGGCAAAGGUGAGAGCAGACACUUGUCUGACCAUGCUCUGGAGAGCGUUGGGCCCACAGGACUGUACAGCACUUCCAGGGCCUGGGAUCCUCGCCUCGGCUGCCUCCCAGUGAAGGAACCGAGCUUUCCCCAAGGGGAACUGGACUUGUCUGAAAUCCACAUUCCAGAAGCUCGGGAAGUGGGAACAUACUCAGGGCAUUUUGACUUCCCGCACGUGUGUGCUCCAGCUGGUGGAGGUCCUUGCCGCAAGGAAUCUGUCAGUGACUCCAGCAACCCGGAACCCAUAUCACCUGAGGACAUAGCCGUCAGCAGUCUGCUCUCUCUCUCCCCUCCUGAGAUGCUCACCCAGAACGGAGGCCUGGAAGAGUGUGAAGACCUUUUUGACAACAGCGGCCAUGUCCCUGUCCCCAGAGGAGACCCAUUUCCCAAAGGGACCAGGAGGCCCUUGUCAUUGCCUCCCUUGGAUCCAGAGCAGAGAGGACGUAAGCUUCCUGUAGGAGAACAAGAUGUGGAUCUGUGUGUUGGUGGGGACCAUGAGAGCCACGCGGCCCCUGGUCUGGAAUGCAGUUCAGGCUUGGCAGGCUGCCGGGACAGUGGCCCCUCUGCAGACAGAAUUGAGUCCACAUUGACCCCUGCAGGAUCCCACGUGGAACUCGUGCGGAUGAGCCUCUACACUCACAGUGUUAAAGGCCUGGUGCUGUCCCUGCUGGCUGAGGAGCCACUGCUGGGCAACGGUGCAGCCAUAGAGGAGGUGUACCACAGCAGCCUGGCAUCCCUGAAUGGCCUGGAAGUCCACCUGAAAGAGACGAUUCCCAAAGAUGAGGCUGCCCCCACGAACAGCACGUACAACUUCACACAUUAUGACCGAAUCCAGAGCAUGCUGAUGGCGAAUCUGCCACAGGUGGCCACCCCCCAGGACCGCCGCUUCCUCCAGGCCGUCAGCCUGAUGCAUUCCGACUUUGCCCAGCUGCCUGCGCUGUACGAAAUGACGGUCAGAAAUGCCUCCACAGCUGUGUAUGCCUGUUGCAACCCUGUCCAGGAAACUUACUUCCAGCAGCUGGCGUCCGCAGCACGGAGCUCUGGCUUCCCGAGUCCUCAGGACGGUGCCUUCAGCCUCUCAGGCAAAGCCAAGCAGAAGCUGCUGAAGCAUGGGGUGAACUUACUCUGAACUGUAGUGCUAAGUUCAUUACCCCAGGAGAUGACUGUGCAAGAGAAUACCAGCAAAGGAAGCUCUGCCUUUUCUAAUAGAAAAGGUCCCUCUAUUUUAUUUUUCUUGGAACAGUCCCUUUUUUAGAAACGUAA